UAGUUGCUACUCGAGUUUCAACUUUAAACUUAUUAAAUUACUUUGUCGCCUUGGUUGUUAUUUAUUUUUCGAAUGUAUGAAAGGGUAUUAAUGCGAAAUGUCGAAACUUCCAACAGUAGUUCACUGGUUUCGGCUGGAUCUUCGUCUUCAUGAUAAUCUUGCGCUGCGUAACGCUAUAAAUGAAGCUGAAAACCGUAAACAUAUUUUAAAACCAAUAUAUGUAGUCGACCCCGAGAUCAAAAAUAAAAUUGGCGCGAACAGACUACGAUUUCUGAUACAAAGUCUUCAAGAUCUUGAUUUAAAUCUCCGUAAAAUUAAUUCACGUUUGUUUAUAAUAAAAGGUAAAGCUGUGGAAUGUUUACCAAAAAUCUUUGAAAAGUGGCAUGUAAAAUUUUUAACGCACCAAGUAGAUAUUGACUCUGAAUUAGUCAAACAAGAUGAAAUCAUUGAUCAAGUAUGUGAUGAAAAUGAUAUAUUUGUAGUGAAAAGAAUGCAACAUACUGUAUAUGAUUUCAACAGUGUGAUAAAAAAGAAUAAUGGCAGUAUUCCAUUAACCUAUCAGAAAUUUCUUUCCUUAGUAGCUGACACUCAAGUGAAAGAUACAAUAGAGAUAACAAAGAAUAUUUUAGAAGAAUGUAAAUCAGUAGACUUUGAAUCAGAUGAAUACAAUGUACCUUCAUUAGAAGAAGUAGGUAUUAAUGAUUCAGAAUUAUUAGAAUGCAAAUAUCCUGGAGGGGAAACUGAAGGAUUAAAACGACUUAAUGAAUACAUGGCCAAAAAACAAUGGGUUUGUAGUUUUGAGAAACCAAACUCGUCUCCAAAUAGUAUUGAGCCCAGUACAACAGUUUUAAGUCCAUACUUGAGUCAUGGUUGCUUAUCAGCAAAGGUGUUCUAUCACAAGCUAAAGCAAGUUGAGAAUGGAAUGAAACAUACACUGCCUCCAGUAUCUCUUAUGGGUCAGCUUAUGUGGAGAGAAUUUUAUUAUGUAGCUGGAGCUGGUACAAAAAACUUUGAUAAAAUGGUGGGAAAUACUGUAUGCACACAAAUUCCUUGGGGGAAAAAUGAGACACAUCUUCAAGCAUGGGCACAAGGAAAAACUGGUUAUCCUUUUGUGGAUGCAAUUAUGAGGCAGCUCAAGCAAGAAGGAUGGAUUCAUCAUUUAGCUCGUCACAUGGUGGCCUGUUUUCUUACCAGGGGAGAUUUAUGGAUAUCAUGGGAAGAAGGAGCUAAGGUCUUUGAAGACUAUCUCCUUGACUACGAUUGGUCUUUAAAUGCUGGUAAUUGGAUGUGGUUAUCAGCAUCUGCAUUUUUCUAUAAAUAUUUUAGAGUUUACAGUCCAAUUGCAUUUGGCAAAAAAACAGACAAAGAGGGCCUUUAUAUAAGAAAAUAUGUACCAGAAUUAAAGAAAUAUCCAAGUGAAUUUAUUUACGAGCCCUGGAAGGCUCCAAAAUCAGUCCAAAGAACUGCAGGUUGCGUAAUAGGGGAAGAUUAUCCAAAUAGAAUUGUUGAUCAUGAUAAAGUUCAUAAAGAUAAUUUACAGAAAAUGAAUGCAGCUUAUAAAGUUAACAAAGAAAAGAAAGCUUUAAAACGAAAAAGAUGAUAUUAUUUAAGAUCCAAUAUUACUAACAUGUUACUUAACAUUGUAAAAAAUAGUAUUAAUAUUUGUUAAACUUUAUUUAGAUCUGAUUUGUUUUU